AAUCGGAGGAUGUGAGCACCGACCUGCACGUGUUCUCCGAGGAGCAGAUGGAGAUCACGCUGGGAGAGAUCACAGAGGGCUAUGUCGGCCCCUUCAGCUCCAUCAAGGUGCCCAUCAUCUUCUCCCCGGUCACCCCCGGCACCGUCCAGAGCAGGUUCCAGUUCACGUUCAAGAACCAGCAGUGCCCGACGUUACACUUCCGAGCCAUCGGCGUGGCGGUCGACGUGCCGGUCUGGGUGCCCAAGUCCAUCGUGGACCUAAAGAUAUGCAUGUUCGACCGGCUGUACCAGGACACCAUCCAGGUCCACACGCGGUCGAAGGCGGCCCUGCGUCUGAAGUUUGAGGUGUGCAAGGAGCUCAAAGGCCACAUGGAGCUGCUGCCAGAGACGGGCUACAUCCAGGCCCUGUCGACCUACUCGGUGCAGCUCAAGUUCCUGCCGCGACACACGCUGCCGGAGGACGCGGGCAAGUACUUCGACAGGGAGAGCAGGAUCCUGGAGGCCCCGCUGACCAUCCGCGUGGCUGACCAGGUCAAGCCCAUAGAGUUCACCGUCCACGCCACCGUCACCACCUCGGACCUGGAGCUCAGCCCCCUGGAGGUGGACUUCGGCUACUGCACCAUCUACGAGGCCGUGAGGACCCCGGUCAGCGUCUGCAACCUCUCCCUCCUGCCCCAGGAGUUCGGGUUCGUCGGGGUCCCCAAGUUUGUGGACAUCCAGCCCAACGACGGCUUCGGGACGAUCCUGCCCCUGGAGACCGUGGAGCUCGACCUCAUCUUCCAGCCCACGAAGGCCAAGGAGUACAACUUCGAGCUCGUCUGCAAGUCGGAGAUCAACCGGUGA